AGCUGCUCUUACAUGAGUAAAUAGGAGAAGAACUGUAUGAGACCUCCCCAUAUGAACCAAUGCAUCUCUCUGAUGAGUUUAGACUUGCCUCCAUUAUAUCUGCUAUGGACUCCGCUACUGCAAAAGGGAAUCUGUGUUCUGACACGGGCAAGCACUGCAAUCCAUGCCUGGACGCGGCAAAAGCUUGCAACCUCAACGACACCUGCAAGAAACAGCGUACUGCACUCAUGGCCACCUGCAGCCCCGCAACUCCAAUUCAGCAAGCACAGGAGCCCUGCAACCGAAAGCGCUGUCACAGGGGUCUGCGGCAGUUCUUCGACCGCGUGCAAACAGAAUUUAGCUACCCGCUGCUCUUCUGCUCCUGUCGGGAUAAAGCGUGUGCCGAACGUCGCCGGCAAACCAUCAUGCCUGCGUGUUCUUUUGAGGAGAAGACAAAACCAAACUGUCUAGAGCUAAGGAGGACCUGCCGUUCAGAUCCGCUCUGCAGGUAAGGUUAUUUCAUCUGGGUCACGGCACCAGAAAUGUAACAAAUUGGCUGACUGCUUGCUAACACUUUUGAUAAAGGAUUUAUAUAUGCAUGCUCUAUGAAAUAUUUGAAGGUCUAACAACGACA